AUGACACAAAACAUAAUACCAGUAAACUUAUGCUCAGAGUGCCCAUCAAUAUAUAUUUUUCCCGAUAACGCUAUAAACGAAGAGCCCACAGAAAUGGAGGAUAAUUUGUUGGAUUAUCCUGUUCCUUCUAUAAUAGAUCGUAGAGUAGAACGUCAUAAGCAACGUCGUGCCAUAUAUGAGAGAGCUGGCCGCCUACCAAAAACUAGUCUUUCUGCACUUAGUUCUAGUAGUUCUAGUAACAGCAGUUCUAGUAGUUCUAGGAGUUCAAACGGGUCUAAUAGUUCUAAUAAGAAUUCUACGCAUUCCACUCAUUCUUCAACCUUAAAUUGA